GGUACCGUUGGGCUCAACAACUAUCUACAGAGCAAGGGAAUGUUAGCAUCAUUGAGCUGGAUCGAGUCAACAUCAGGCCCUCUCUAUGGACCAACUUGGACAUGUAUAUGCAAAAUAGAUGGACAAGUCCGUGGGAUUGGUACAGGAGCUCAGAAGCAUGUCGCCAGGGACAUUGCCGCGAGCCAGGCGUUAGACGCAUUGAUUGAAGGCCAUCAAUAGAGAUGGUUAACUUUCAUCAGACUGUGGUUAGUGCAGAUAUCCCGAAAUUUAUUUGUUUACCUGAGC